AUGGCCACGCAGCAGGACACGGGCGGUGUGCCCUUCUCCAUCGCACAUCACCACAACCACUUCCGCCUGCUCGAGCUGCCCCCCGACCUUGUUGAGCUGAUCGACUCGCCCGCCCCCCCAGUGCUGUCCAUCAAAUCGCGAGCCGCCUCGUCCGCCGACGCCACGCCUGCAUAUGCCGUGCUCUGUACCCCGACCAAGUCGUUCCAGCUGCGCCAGGUGCACACGUCCAACUCGCUCUUCGUCACCCAGCCCGCCCUCGAGGCCCAUGGCAGCGACAUUCCCCUCCCCGCCACGCGCGCCAUUGCCUUGUGCAGCACCACGCUCGAGCUCCACCCCUCGGCUGCCUCCGCCCUCGCCCUGUUGAGCGACGCACUGCCCGUCUAUGACAUUGUUUCCGGCGACGUUGACGCCGCUGCCAACGGCGCCACCAAGGCCUCCAUGUUCAACCACAUGCCCCUGUCCGACGGAGAGUGCCAGGCGGCCUGGUCCCAGCUCAUGGCGUUUGAAACACUCGACGGCGCCUACCAGCCCUCCCCAGCCGCCCUCUCGCACGUCUGGCGAUCCAUCCUCGCCGCUGCACUGGCAGAAGGCAUCCCGCUGCACCAGCAGUUCAUGCCCCACGACAUCACAGCGCCCGUGGCCGACGAGGGGCAUCCGGCGGGUCUCACACAGGCGGUGCUUGCAUACUUGGCACCCGACGACGCUGACCAAAGCGGCCCAUGGUCGUCUCUCGAUCGAGCAAAGACGGUCGCCUUUACCGGAAAAACGCUGCUGCAAGCCAGGCGCGGUGCCGACUUUCUCAUUGCCGACUUCACGGAUACGUGGGAGGACCGCUUGCCAGAGGUGUGGCGGAAGGAUGCGCAGCUCGCGGCCAUUGAAGGCUUUUAUGAAUUUCCCUCUGAUACCACCAUCAAAGCCAAAGCCAAAGCAGCACCCACUCAGGCUGCGGAGAGCGCAACGCCUGCUUUAAAGCCGUCGGCGCGUAAGUGGCACGACAAGUUUGCCAAGACCAGAAAAAAAUGA